AUGUUUAAACCAGAAGAGCAACAAGUGCAAAUAUGUUUGCUCAAGUCUCAUUUGGAAGAAAUAGAAAAUGACUUGGUUUUACAGCACUCCGCUCUGCCUGCUUUGGAUGCAGAAAAUGAACGAAAAUAUCGUGAAACUAUGACAGCUUUAAAAGUUGCCCGUUCCUUGAACAUUGAAAUUGAACGACUGAAACUCGAAAAUGUUCGAUUAACAGCUAAACGUAUGCAACUAAAGCGACAAAGUGAUGAUUUAUCUAAAAGUAUAGAAAAAGCUCGUGCGACUCAGAGCGAACUGACAGAAUUAUUGAAGAAAGAAGAACAGGAAACGAAACUCCAAGUGCCAGUAGAAACAAAUUCUGUAGCCAUCCAUGCAGGCCUGUCUCCUGUUAAUAGUCACAGAUGUGCUCAGGAUAAAGAAGAAGUCAAUAAGGAAACUGAAAAGAUUAAUAUCGUCACUCUUAAACUCGAAAAUCUAUUACAAAAGCGACAAAUUAUUAUUGAUGAACUAAAGCAACAACUCAAUAUGCUCCAGCCGGAUAUACCGGAAGAUAUUUUAGAACUGUUUUUAAAGAAAGACCUGGAUACUCAAGUAAAAGAAUUGACAGAAAAAUACGAGGGUUUACUUCAAAAACGCAAUUUGAUUGCAGAUAAGAAAAACGACGGAGCUUAA